AUGCUGGGACCGGGCCCAGUCGUUCCACUGGCUCAGCCGGAGCUGCGUUCAUGGAUCGAACUGCUCUUCCCCACAGCCGAGCUGGACCCCACCCUGCUGGGCCGAAGAAGCGCCGCUCCAGGGGCACUAGCUCCAAGUCCGUCCAGUCCACUCCGCACCCCACGCCUAUUGGACCGGGGGACGUCUCCUCCUCCAUUUCGAGCCCCUCGAGUGCUGAAGUCCUCUGGGCUCAGAGGGAAAACGGAGAUGGCAAAGCCUGCCAGCCUGGGAAUCAUUGAAGGGGGAACCGUCUAUUUCUCAAAUGCCUUCUCAGCCUUCCCUCCCUUCACCAUCCUGGGCGGACACGCCUGGGAUACUCCUUCUCACCACCACCCUUCUCUCCCUUCCCUGACAACAAACACAACGCCCGACGCGUCCCUAGUUACGGGUAAAUACUACUCGCACCGCAGUCUAGACCCAAACCCAAACUCAAACCCAAACCACCAGGCGGGAAAGGCCCCUGCAAGGGUUCAUCGGACAAUUAACGGAUCACCAGCCCAGGCUCGGGGAAGACAGCCCCGUCGCAUCCGGACGCUGCGGCUCCCCAUCCGCGCUCGCAGAUUCAGAUCGGUCGUCCCAAUAUCCAGGUCGGUCUCACGCAUGCCUUGCCGCCUGCAGGCCGGCAAAAUGGGCCGGGACGCAUCCGCUGGCCCUGGUGACGCCAUUGACGAUGGCGAGUUUCAGUUUCUGGCCGCUGGGUCGGGUCGGGGGUUCGACGGGGAGAGCUCCCCAGGGAAGGGUUGCGGCUCGCUGGGGAGAGAGUCCUCCUCCGGCCUCCCUAGGGAGGAACAGGACCUCUCUACUCCUGACGCUCCCGACGCUCCCGACGCUCCCGACGCUCCUGGGUCUCCUUUCCUCAAGGCAGGCACGUUGCUGCGAGGGUUCCCUCGAGCAGCAAGCCCAGUGGAACUAUUGUCCACGGUAAACCCUUGA